AUGGUGACCAAGGGGCGAAAAUUCGAAGUGAUGGAGGGCAGGCCGGUCGAGUUGCCCUGUGCUUUUAGCAGUGCUCUUGACGAUGAAGCCGUAAAUUGGGUAUCUGGCGGCGAGACCCUGGCUUUGGAUGAAGAUAUUUUGAACAACGACCCCAAGCUGGAGGUCAGGAAGGAGAGCGAUCGCUCCACUCUCGUGAUCACCCAAGUCGAGCCGCAGUACUCGAAGAAGUUCACCUGCAUGCUGCUGGGGUCUGAUAUUACGGCGCCCUCGGUGGUGAUCACCCCCGACGCCAGCGAGUACACGGUCCGCAAGGGAGAGUCCGUGCUGCUGCGCUGCUUGGCUUCCGGCAACCCGAAGCCGGUGGUGUUCUGGACGAAGAAGGCCGGUCAGCUGGAAGAGGACGUCAUUCAGCGGACCGACGGAACCCUGUCCUUUGUUGCUGAUUCCGCCCACCAGGGCGUCUACAUCUGCACGGCCCGGAAUAAGAUUGGCGAGAAGUGGAAGUCGAUCGACGUCAAAGUCAACGGGCCCAACAAUGCGAUCUCGGGAGCCGGUGUAAAACCGUGGGUGCGCACCGAGGAGGGCUAUAUUCCUGUCGGGUACCUGGACUCGACCAACAUCUCCUGCACUUUUGACGGGAACCCGCCGCCCAACCUUGAGUGGUACUACAAUGGAUACAGGGUUAAGCUGAACGACGAGAAAUUUAUGGACGCGAAGGAGUGGGAGCAACGCGAGCAGAAUUACACGCGGACCACCCUUGAGCUGCACCGCAUGAACCAGGAUGUUUUCGGCGACUACAUCUGCCAGGCGUCGAACAAUUUGGGCACCGCUAGGGCUGUUAUUCAUGUUUCUGGUAAACCCGGCCCUCCCGAGCUUGACGUCGCCGGCUCUGUCCUGAAGUGGUCAGUGCGUUCCCGUUCCCCGAUCAUCGAGUACGCUGUCAAAUUCCGUCUCCGCUCGCACGACAUCUUCAACGGAAAGCACACGGUGUCGGCUGAUAAGAAAGACCGCACUGGUUCGGAUGAGUACUCCUCAUCCGUCGACCUCGCUACGUUCCUCCAGAAGGGAAAAACCUAUGAGGUGCAAGUCGAGGCUCGGAAUGCCAUGGGAUGGGGAUCGAUGGCCAGGAAGUUCCAGACCAUCGAGGUUCCUGGUGACGACAGCGUGCCCACCGCCUCUUCGAGCCAGUUGUUCAUCUUCUUCGGCCCCCUGCUGACGAUCUGGAGAGUGCUG